CACGGUAAAUGAGAUGGUGGGAACAGCCCAACCCAGAGAGGGCAAGUGAUUUGCUGGAGGUCCCCUAGCUGGUGGUGCAAGAGCUGAAACUCGGGCCUUCCCCACUAGAUUUGCUCCCUGCAGGGGGUAGGAGUGGGGGCAGAGGAAGAGAGUGGGCCCUUUAAAUUGGAAGCCCCACCUUUGCCUUUAGAGGUCUCAAGCACUUUAUAAAAAGCCCCCCGCCCGCCUGCUCCCAGCUCCCCUGCUCCAGAAGUGGAGGAGCUCCUGCCCCGGCCCUCUCCUCACAGGCUGGCCUCCUCGCCCUCCACGGCCUGCCUUCCCCAUCAGGCACCCAUGCAGCUGCCGGCCCCCUUCGAUAUGUGGAGAGACUAUCUGAACCUGAACAAGAUCCUGUGGGAGGUGAUCUCGGGCCAGGGGGCUUCUAGGGGCAGGGAGAGGUCCAGCCCGGAGGCCCAGGCUGGGCAAGAGAGGCAGGUGGUGGCCAGGGGGCCGGGGGACCCCGCGCCUCUCUGCAACUUCUGCAAACACAACGGGGAGUCGCGCCACGUGUACACCUCGCACCUGCUGAAGACUCCUGAGGGCGUGGUGGUCUGCCCCAUCCUUCGCCAUUACGUGUGCCCGCUGUGUGGCGCCACGGGGGGCCUGGCCCAUACCCUCAAGUACUGCCCCCUCAAUGGCGGCCAGCAGUCCCUGUACCGACGGAGCGGACGGAACUCGGCCGGGAGAAAGGUCAAGCGGUGAGGGAGCAUCUGGACCUCCUCUUCUGGACCCCCCUCCUCUGGACCCCUCCAGGACUUCCUGGGCCCUGCCCCAUCCCAGGGACGCCUCCCUCCCUGGGCCUUCCUCCACUCCUAAUUGUCCCAAAGCCGGGGAAUCCCCAGCCCCUGAGACCUCCCAGCCCAAGCUACCUCCUCCCAGGGAACCCUCCUCCCCAGGCCGUCCCCCAUUCCCCAGGGGCUGGUCCCCUCUGAUAUCUCCAAGACCUUCCCUAGACCCUCCUCUUCCCAGUUCACUCUAUCCUGGGGAAUCUUCAGUUCCAGGACUCCUCCCCAUUCCUGGAUCGCCCUGACUCGCCCCCC